AUGGCGGGAAAGGACUACAAUCAUCUCUUCAAGCUGCUCAUCAUCGGCGACUCCAAUGUCGGAAAAAGCAGCCUGCUGCUCCGCUUUGCUGACAAUUCCUUCUCCGGAAGUUAUAUCACCACCAUCGGCGUGGACUUCAAGAUCAGGACGGUGGAUGUGGACGGCGAGCGCGUCAAAUUACAAAUCUGGGACACGGCCGGACAGGAGAGGUUCAGGACAAUCACGUCCACUGUAUUACGAAACACUCAUGGCGUCAUCAUCGUUUACGACGUGACCAAUCCCGAAUCAUUUGUCAACGUCAAGCGCUGGCUCAACGAAAUCUCUCAGAACUGCGACAGCGUCUGCAAAAUUCUCGUGGGCAACAAAAAUGACGAUCCGGCCAGGAAGCAGGUGGACACCCAGGACGCCGUGCGUUUCGGCGAGUCUGUUGGAGUGCGCGUGUUCGAGACUAGCGCCAAGGAGAACAUCAAUGUGGAAGAGAUGUUCAUGGCCUUCACCCACGCCGUCCUUCGGGCCAAGAAGCAGAGCCAGAGCCGGGCCGAGCGGGAACGCGAGCGCGAAAAGGACACCGUCAACAUCAAUGCGCAACGGGAGCGAGACCGCCGGAAGAGAGCUAAGAAAUGUUGUUAA